AUGUUUACUGGUGGUGAUGCGGCUGCCGCUGCCGUGGCUACUUCUUCUACCCCGACUAAUUCAUCUCCAUCAAGCUCAUCGCAUCAUUUCCAACAACAAUUACAACCCGGUAGACCGGCUACCCCAAGAAUGUUACGAAGUGUUAGUGGUUCAAUGAAGAGCUCAAAAACCGACUUAAAUAAUGCAUCCCAAAAUUAUAAUGAGAAUUUCCCCCAGUACGUGGCUGCUAGUUCUCAGUAUCCAAAUAAUCAAUCCCAUUCAAGAAACUCCUCUUUACAACAUCAGAUUCAACAACAACAACAACAACAAUUCCAACAAGCAGCUCAAAGACAGGUUCAACAACAACAAGCUAAUAUAACCAAUAAUAAAGUUAAUCAUAAUAAUAAUCAAAAUAGACGUAUUCGCUCUAGCACUCAAAAGUCAGAAUUGUUGCCUCCAGCUUCCUUUACCCCUCCAAUGCCAAAUGACUCUGCAACUCCAAGUACUGUCUCUGCUAACCAAGGGCAAACUCUUCAUGCUCAAAAACAAAACCAGGCCCACAGUGGGGCCCAUGGCCAUGGAAACCAUCACCAUCAUCAACAACAACAGCAACAACAACAAGAUCAACAGCAACAGUUUCAUAGAAAGUCCAUUGGUGAUUGGGAUUUUGUGAAAACAAUUGGUGCUGGUUCAAUGGGUAAAGUUAAAUUAGCUCAACAUAAUUCAACUUAUGAACUUUGUGCUGUUAAGAUUGUACCAAGAGCUGCUAAGUUAUAUCAAAGAGCUCAUGCAGAUGAUCCUCCAAUUACCGAUGCUCAGAUUAAAGCUCAAAAACAGAAAGAAUUUGAAAAAGAAGUUGCUAGAGAUAAACGUACGAUUCGUGAAGGUGCAUUGGGUAGAUUAUUAUUCCAUCCUUUUAUUUGUAGAUUAUAUGAAAUGGUUCCAAUGACAAACCAUUAUUAUAUGUUGUUUGAAUACGUCGAAGGUGGUCAAAUGUUGGAUUACAUUGUUAGUCAUGGUUCUUUAAAAGAAAAAGCUGCUAGAAGAUUUGCUCGUGGCAUUGCAUCAGCUUUAGAUUAUUGUCAUAAAAAUAAUGUUGUUCAUCGUGAUUUAAAAAUUGAAAAUAUUAUGAUCAAUCAGAAAGGUGAUAUUAAAAUAAUUGAUUUUGGUUUAUCAAAUUUGUAUAGUCCUAAAUCUGUCUUAAAAACUUAUUGUGGUUCUUUAUAUUUUGCAGCCCCUGAAUUAUUAAGUGCUAAACCAUAUAUUGGUCCAGAAGUCGAUGUUUGGUCAUUCGGUGUUGUAUUAUAUGUUUUGGUUUGUGGUAAAGUUCCCUUUGAUGAUCAAGAAGUUGCCGUUUUACAUGAAAAAAUCAAACGUGGUGAUGUUGAAUAUCCUAGUUUCUUAACAAAAGAAUGCAUUUCAAUCCUUUCAAGAAUGUUAGUUGUUGAUCCAACUAAAAGAGCAACAUUAUAUGAAAUUAUGCAACAUCCUUGGCUCAAUAAAGGUUACGAUUUUACUGUUUCAAAUUAUGUACCAAAAAGAAUACCUUUAGCAUUACCAUUAGAUCCAGAGAUUAUUAAAACAAUUGCAUCAUUUGAUUUAGGUUCAGUUCAAUCAAUUGCUAAUGAAUUAACAAAUAUAUUAAGUAGUGUUGAAUACCAAAUGAGUUCUGAAAAUUGGUAUAGAAUUACUAAACAAGGGAGACCUUAUGCUUCAGCUUCAAAUGCUCAUUUAUUACCUGAUCCAACUGGUGGUUUCCAUCCAUUAGUUUCGAUUUAUUAUUUGGUUGACGAAAUGAAAAAACGUAAGAAAGCUAAAGAAGAAGCCAUCAAAGCACAAUUACAACAACACGCUGAGCAUCGUCAACGUCGUCAACAGGUGCAACCUCAACAACCUCAACAACCUCAACCUCAACAACCUCAAUCUCAUCCUUACCAACCACAACCAAUGUCAGAAGAUCCUCCUACAAAAGUCCAACAAAAUGUUCCCGAAUUAUCAUUCCCAGAACAAGCUCAUACUUCUUCGUCACCUGCAACAUUUACCAGAAGCUCGCAAUCACCACCUGUUCAAACCGCACAUACUCAACAAAGUGAAGAUGAAACUCAGAAACAGGAAUCCACUCUUCCUGAACAACAACCUCAUAGUCCUAGAGAUUCUGGAUCACCAGAUACUUUGGAUCCUAAUGUUGCUAAAGGUCUGGGUUUCAAUUCAUUAUUACGUAGGUUAUCAUCGAAGAAGUACAAGAAUAGUCCAACUAAUUCGCCAACCAAGAAUACAACUGCCUCUCCAAAUGAUUCUGAUAAUAAUGAAACUUUUGCACCACCACCAGUUCCAAGAGUUUCAGUCAUUAAAGAUUCGCAAGAUAAAAUCACUCCACAAACCAGCAAUAACAGUAACCAACAGGAAAUUGCGAACUCUCAAAAUCUUAACCUUGAUAAGAAGGAUCCAAUGGUUCGUCGUGGUGUAAGUAUGAAGGUCACAGCUAAAGAAAAACAAUCUGGCUCAAGAAUUAACUUAGCAUCUAAUCCACCAAAUAGAUCCGAAAAAGCUAACGAUAGAGUUAAUAGAGGAGAAGAACUGGCCAAUAAGGGUCAUAGUCGUACUUCAUCGGCUUCAAACAAUAAAUUCCAUGGGUUCAUUCCAGUCGAAUACUUACCACCAUUACCAAAUAUUAAUACAAAUAAUCUUGAUAUCCCAGGUGGUAGUGGUAGUCAUAGUAUAAGUGUUUCUAAUAGUAAUGAAAAACAAGGCCUCACCGAAUCUGCCUCUGGUGGUAGAAAAUUACAUCCAACUGCAAGAGCAAAGUCAGUCGGUGGUCAUGUUAGAAAAGAUUCGUACCAUUCGCGCCGUGGAGGUUACACAGGACAAUCACAUCCACCAUUACCAAACUCAUUGGCAUCUCAAAACAGCGAUGAUGGAAUUAGUGAUAAUAAUAAUCAACGUGAGGAAGUAUUCUUUGAUGAUGUUAGUUUGGAUAAUAUUGAACACCAAGAAAUCCCACAAUUAUCAGAACAUGAAAUCAUUGAACAAUUUAAUCAUGCUAAGCAUAAUACUAUGCCAUCUAUAGAAUAUCCAAAGACCUUAUUUUUGAAGGGAUUUUUCAGUGUUCAAACUACAUCUACCAAACCUUUACCAGUUAUCAGAUAUAAUAUAAUUAAUGUAUUGAGUAAAUUGGGAGUCAAAUUUCAAGAAGUUAAAGGAGGAUUUGUUUGUGUACAUACUCCUUCAUUACAAAAUCAAAGUCAGCAAGAUACAUCCGCAUAUAGUAAUGAUGUCUCAAUGGCCAGCGGAACUGCCGACGAGGAAGAAGAAAGAGAAGAGGAGAAAAAAUUAUAUGGAGAUGCAUUCAAGUCAACGUCAUCAUCAUUUUAUAAUGAACAAAGAGAAAAACAAGAAGUUCCUACUAGAACCAAAACUCCUGAUUCUACGAAUGAUCAAGCAAACUCAUCGUUAUCUAGUGGUGGACAAUAUACUCCACAUCAUCAACAAUCCAAGAGUUUAAGUAGACAACCAUCAUUACAUCUUAAUACUCAUUCAUUAUCGCCAAGUGGUAAACCUGGAGGACAUAGAUCGUCAAAUUCCAUUGGAGGUGGUCAUAGACGUAAAUUUUCAAUUGGACAAAGUAUUUUAAAUUCCUAUAGAAAAAAGAAUGGUUCAGGGGUUAACAUGCCACCAAAUACACCAGCUACUGCUAAAUUAUCUAAACUGAUGUAUGCAGACGAAGAGUUGGAUGAUCAAGAAGUUGAAGAAGAAGAUGAAGCAAGACAUCAAUUAACUGAAGACGAUAGUGUUGAUUCAUUAAAUAAUGUAAUGAUUGGAGGUGGUAGUGAUAUGUUAAUUAGUUCAAGAAUUGAACAUAAAGCCAAACAUCAACAUUCUCCAAAUACCUCGAUGAGUCAAGCUGGUAACCCCGAAGGUGGUGCAGUGUCAAGCACAUCAAGAAAAUCUCCAUUGAAAUUCGAAAUUCAUAUAGUUAAAGUUCCAUUAGUUGGUUUAUAUGGGGUUCAAUUCAAAAAAGUAUUAGGUAAUACUUGGAACUACAAAACUUUAGCCGGGCAAGUAUUAAAAGAAUUGAACUUGUAA